ACUUGGUUGGUAUUGAUAUCUUCACUGGUAAAAAAUAUGAAGAUAUUUGCCCAUCGACUCAUAACAUGGAUGUUCCAAAUAUCAAGAGGAAUGAUUACCAGCUGAUAGGUAUUCAGGAUGGGUAUCUCUCCCUGCUGACAGAAAGCGGUGAAGUUCGUGAGGAUCUAAAGUUGCCAGAAGGGGAUCUUGGCAAAGAAAUAGAAGGAAAAUUCAAUGCCAAUGAAGAUGUGCAGAUAUCCGUCAUAAGUGCAAUGAAUGAAGAAUGUGCUGUAGCCAUAAAGCCUUGCAAAUAAAGAGGAUCGCCAGGCUCGGGCAACUGCUCAGGUCUGGACCAACCACAGAUCUAUAAAUUUGGUUCCUAUUGUCACCAAAGCUCUGGCCUUCACAAGCAACCUCAUUUCUUUUUUGACUUGUUAAAAAGCAGUGCUGGAUUCUGGAUUAGUGUUGCAGGCUAACUGGCAGUUUUCAAAAUCACUGAGAUUUUAAUUCCUUAAUUGUAACUAUUUUAACAUUCCUGUGGGUUUCAGCUAUGGAUCUAAGAAACCAAUCAGGUGUUACUAGUGGAUAUAUUUUUAUUUGCUUGAGCAAAACAGUGUUUGUCUGUAUGAACAGACAAAAUACAGUAUUCAGGGGCUUUUAGAUAAGCUGGUAGGUAUCUAGGAUUAUAAAGUGACCUAGAGCACAAAUAGUAUUUUUCUUGACAUGUUUAGGUAGAACUGACAAUAAAAGUAGCAAUUUUUUUUUUUUUUAAAGCUUAAGUAUUUUGUGGAUUGGGACUCUUGCAGAACUGUAGGUGCCAAUCGCAACUUUUAGACCAAGAAACUCAAGUGAUCAAAAAUGCCAGCUGGCUUGACCAAGCCCCAGUGGCCAUGUGCAACUUAACUGUAUUACCUCUGUAUUCUUCUUUGCCAACUUGUUGGCUUAUUGUAACGAUAAAAUAGUGUCAAAGCCUACCUGUGGUUUAGGCAGGCAGUUGGAAUAUUGGGUAGAUAAGGCAUAGAUAGGUCAAGGGGACACAAAGGUGAGAAUGGAUGUUAAAGCUAUAGACUUUCACUCGAGGCCUUUGUCAGACUUGAAAAAUAAAAUAGAAAAAUGCAGUUCAA